CAAAUUGAAGUAAUACCCUGCAAGAUCUGCGGGGACAAGUCAUCAGGGAUCCACUAUGGCGUAAUCACCUGCGAAGGCUGCAAGGUGAGCAACCUCAAUCUCAGAGAUAUAAUUACUCCAAGUGUUCUAUUUUAGUUCUGCAUACUGUCAUCCCUCAAGAAUACCCACAGCAAAUUAAAUCAAUUUAGACUAUUUAUAUAUUGUAUGCCCUUGCCCAGUGCCCAUCCCUCCCUGCACCUGUAUUCAUGGUCAAAUAGGUCAAGCUUACAGUGGGGAGAACAAGUAUUUGAUACACUGCCGAUUUUGCAGGUUUUCCUACUUACAAAGCAUGUAGAGGUCCGUAAUUUUUAUCAUAGGUACACUUCAACUGUGAGAGACGGAAUCUAAAACAAAAAUCCAGAAAAUCACAUUGUAUGAUUUUUAAGUAAUUAAUUUGCAUUUUAUUGCAUGACAUAAGUAUUUGAUCACCUACCAACCAGUAAGAAUUCCGGCUCUCACAGACCUGUUAGUUUUUCUUUAAGAAGCCCUCCUGUUCUCCACUCAUUACCUGUAUUAACUGCACCUGUUUGUACUCGUUACUUGUAUAAAAGACACCUGUCCACACACUCAAUCAAACAGACUCCAACCUCUCCACAAUGGCCAAGACCAGAGAGCUGUGUAAGGACAUCAGGGAUAAAAUUGUAGACCUGCACAAGGCUGGGAUGGGCUACAGGACAAUAGGCAAGCAGCUUGGUGAGAAGGCAACAACUGUUGGCGCAAUUAUUAGAAAAUGGAAGAAGUUCAAGAUGACGGUCAAUCACCCUCGGUCUGGGGCUCCAUGCAAGAUCUCACCUCGUGGGGCAUCAAUGAUCAUGAGGAAGGUGAGGGAUCAGCCCAGAACUACACGGCAGGACCUGGUCAAUGACCUGAAGAGAGCUGGGACCACAGUCUCAAAGAAAACCAUUAGUAACACACUACGCCAUCAUAGAUUAAAAUCCUGCAGCGCACGCAAUGUCCCCCUGCUCAAGCCAGCGCAUGUCCAGGCCCGUCUGAAGUUUGCCAAUGACCAUCUGGAUGAUCCAGAGGAGGAAUGGGAGAAGGUCAUGUGGUCUGAUGAGACAAAAAUAGAGCUUUUUGGUCUAAACUCCACUCGCCGUGUUUGGAGGAAGAAGAAGGAUGAGUACAACCCCAAGAACACCAUCCCAACCGUGAAGCAUGGAGGUGGAAACAUCAUUCUUUGGGGAUGCUUUUCUGCAAAGGCGACAGGACGACUGCACCGUAUUGAGGGGAGGAUGGAUGGGGCCAUGUAUCGCGAGAUCUUGGCCAACAACCUCCUUCCCUCAGUAAGAGCAUUGAAGAUGGGUCGUGGCUGGGUCUUCCAGCAUGACAACGACCCGAAACACACAGCCAGGGCAACUAAGGAGUGGCUCCGUAAGAAGCAUCUCAAGGUCCUGGAGUGGCCUAGCCAGUCUCCAGACCUGAACCCAAUAGAAAAUCUUUGGAGGGAGCUGAAAGUCCGGAUUGCCCAGCGACAGCCCCGAAACCUGAAGGAUCUGGAGAAGGUCUGUAUGGAGGAGUGGGCCAAAAUCCCUGCUGCAGUGUGUGCAAACCUGGUCAAGACCUACAGGAAACGUAUGAUCUCUGUAAUUGCAAACUAAGGUUUCUGUACCAAAUAUUAAGUUCUGCUUUUCUGAUGUAUCAAAUACUUUUGUCAUGCAAUAAAAUGCAAAUUAAUUACUUAAAAAUCACACAAUGUGAUUUUCUGGAUUUUUGUUUUAGAUUCCGUCUCUCACAGUUGAAGUGUACCUAUGAUAAAAAUUACAGACCUCUACAUUCUUUGUAAGUAGGAAAACCUGCAAAAUCAGCAGUGUAUCAAAUACUUGUUCUCCCCACUGUAUGUGUCCUGUUUCACACUUGUACAAGUGUGUAACCUGUACAAGUGUGUGGUGUGAAAUGGAAAUGUGUUUUUUGCAUAUCCCACUCCCCCUGAGAGUGGGAUCACGGCCAGGGAUCAGCCAUUAUUGACGGCGAUCGACAGAUCGACAGAUUUUUCACCUAGUCGGCUCGGGGAUUCGAACUAGCAACCUAUCGGUUACUGGCCAAACGCUCUAACCGCUAGGUUUCCUGCCUCCCUGAUGGUGUUUGUGCUUGUGUGUGUGUUUGCAGGGCUUCUUCCGACGCAGCCAGCAGAACAAUGCUAUAUACUCCUGUUCACGGCAGAGGAACUGUCUGAUUGACCGCACCAAUCGGAAUCGCUGCCAACACUGCCGGCUGCAGAAGUGCCUGGCCCUAGGCAUGAGCCGUGAUGGUGAGUGUGAAACACACACACACACACACAGCAAGGUCAGUCCAGAGGGGACCACUGUCUGUCUGUCUCUUCACCAGACGCUAGGGCUCUCUGGGUCUUAUUGAAAGGCCAAAUGUGGAGUUGUGUUACACUGUGUAAAAUCACUGCUGGAAUCAUGCCUGAGAGACAGCAGUGAUGCAAUGAAGUUAAAUGAUCAGUGGAUUUUCUUCUAUAUUUGGAAUUGUUCAAGUUCUAUAUUAGCUCCAUAUGGACUUACUGUAUGAGCUCAUAAUUCAUUCCCUGGUUAUUGACUGACUCUUUAUCUCCUUUCCUGGUACAGCUGUGAAGUUUGGCCGCAUGUCCAAAAAGCAGAGAGACAGCCUGUAUGCUGAGGUCCAGAAGCACCAGGCGUCCCAGGAGUUAACUGCCGCCCGCGAGGAGGGAGGCGAGGUCGGAGGUCAUGGCCGGGCAGACAGCAGAGGCUCCAGUGCCGCCCUCAGCGACCUUGAUGACAUCACCCUGCCGGAUGGCCUGCUGUGUGACCUGCCCCUGACACCAGAGGGCGCCGAAAGAGAGUACUGCAAUCUGGAAAUGAUGGGGGGCAGCAGCUCCUCCUCUCAAAGCUCGCCCGAACAGAAUGGACUGGACUUCGGAGACAGCAACCACCACAUCAAGCAUGAGUACCAGCUGCUGCACGAGUCCGGCCUGUUUACACACGCGCUGCUCAACCCUCUACCCGAGGGGUUCUCCAUGCUCGAGAUUGGUAAGUGGAACUGUCACUCUAUCACCAUCUGCUGUAUGUCACUAUAACUAACACUAUAUCAUUUUUCAUUGAGUGUGGUUGAAAGCUAACCCAUACUUGUCUUGUCCAUUUCCAGAGCGUAUAACUGCUAGUGUGGUAAAGUCUCACAUAGAGACCAGUCAGUACGGCAGUGAGGAGCUGAAGAGGCUCGUCUGGUCCCUGUACACCCCUGAGGAGACACGCAGCUUCCAGAGCAAGGUUAAUAUCAACGUCCUGUACCAAGAUUAACUCAGUGACCUAGUACUCUGUGACCUGUGACCUAGUUACUCUUACACCACUAUGUGCUAUUCCCAAUGUCAUAUCUAUCAUGGGCAUCCCUUUGUUCUCUCUUUCAGUCUGCGGAGGUCAUGUGGCAGCAGUGUGCCAUCCACCUCACCAAUGCCAUCCAGUACGUGGUGGAGUUUGCCAAGCGCAUCACUGGAUUCCUGGAUCUCUGUCAGAACGACCAGGUCAUUCUUCUCAAAGCAGGUCAGUACCUAUUGUUAGGCCAUAAGAUGAGUGCAUUUCACAACUCUAUUCCAUGGCCUCAUAUAACAGCGUUCUCUGACCUCAAAGCAUACAGUGGGGUCUGAAAUUAUUCACACCCUUGAUUAAGAUGAGCAAAAAUGACUGUAUAAAAUAAAUCAUUAAAAUACUGAGCUAUGUUGUAUGCAAAAAAAAAGGGAAAUUAUAUUAUUUAAUGUUAAAAUAAUUGCGCAGAGAAAGAGCUUUUGUUUAACAAGUAAUACUUUUUUUUCUUAAAAAGGUAGGGGUCAACAUUAUUGACACCCCUGUUUUUAAUACCUUUCAAUAACUCACGACACUGAGCCUUUUUCUAAAAUGUUUUAGGAGUUGGAGAACGCAUUGGGAGGGAUCUUAAACAAUUUCUCCAUACAGAAUCCUUUCAGAUCCUUGAUAUCCUUUGUCUGCGCUUAUGGACUGCUCUCUUCAAUUCAAACCACAGUUGCCAUUGCAACGUUUAGAUUUUGUGUACAAUUAACAAUUUCUUUGUGGAUUUUGAUGUGUGUGAAAUGGUUAAUUGGCCACAAAAUCAACAUUUUGCAAUGGCCAGCUUAGUCUCCAGACUUUAAACCAAUUGAAAACCUGUGGUUUGAAUUGAAGAGAGCAGUCCAUAAGCGCAGACAAAGGAUAUCAAGGAUCUGGAAGAAUUCUGUAUGGAGGAAUGGUCUAAGAUCCCUUCCAAUGCGUUCUCCAACUCCAAACAUUAUGGAAAAAGGCUCAGGGCUGUUAUCCUCGCAAGGUGAGGUAUUGAAAGGUAUUGAAAUCAGGGAUGUCAAUCAUUCUGACCUUUACCUUUUUGAGAAAAUAAUGAUUACUUGUUUAACAAAAUCUCUUUCUCUGAGCAAUUAUAUUAGUAUAAAAUAAUAUAAUUUCCUCAUGUGAAUAAUUUCGGACCCCACUGUAGUUCCUGUUCACACAACCUGAGCAUGUAUGCAUUUACUGCAUUUACAUGUUUCAGUACUACAACAUUAAUGCACAAUAGUAUAUUUGACAAACAUGCAUGUCUACAGCUAGACAAACAAACUUCGCCACUUAGGACUACAUUUUAGAAUAUACAUACAAUUUAACCGAAUUUGUGAACACAAAUACAGUGGGGGAAAAAAGUAUUUAGUCAGCCACCAAUUGUGCAAGUUCUCCCACUUAAAAAGAUCAGAGAGGCCUGUAAUUUUCAUCAUAGGUACACGUCAACUAUGACAGACAAAAUGAGGAAAAGAAAUCCAGAAAAUCACAUUGUAGGAUUUUUUAAUGAAUUUAUUUGCAAAUUAUGGUGGAAAAUAAGUAUUUGGUCAAUAACAAAAGUUUCUCAAUACUUUGUUAUAUACCCUUUGUUGGCAAUGACACAGGUCAAACGUUUUCUGUAAGUCUUCACAAGGUUUUCACACACUGUUGCUGGUAUUUUGGCCCAUUCCUCCAUGCAGAUCUCCUCUAGAGCAGUGAUGUUUUGGGGCUGUCGCUGGGCAACACGGACUUUCAACUCCCUCCAAAGAUUUUCUAUGGGGUUGAGAUCUGGAGACUGGCCAGGCCACUCCAGGACCUUGAAAUGCUUCUUACGAAGCCACUCCUUCGUUGCCCGGGCGGUGUGUUUGGGAUCAUUGUCAUGCUGAAAGACCCAGCCACGUUUCAUCUUCAAUGCCCUUGCUGAUGGAAGGAGGUUUUCACUCAAAAUCUCACGAUACAUGGCCCCAUUCAUUCUUUCCUUUACACGGAUCAGUCGUCCUGGUCCCUUUGCAGAAAAACAGCCCCAAAGCAUGAUGUUUCCAACCCCCAUGCUUCACAGUAGGUAUGGUGUUCUUUGGAUGCAACUCAGCAUUCUUUGUCCUCCAAACACGACGAGUUGAGUUUUUACCAAAAAGUUCUAUUUUGGUUUCAUCUGACCAUAUGACAUUCUCCCAAUCCUCUUCUGGAUCAUCCAAAUGCACUCUCGCAAACUUCAGACGGGCCUGGGGACACGUCUGGCACUGCAGGAUUGCACUGCGGCGUAGUGUGUUACUGAUGGUAGGCUUUGUUACUUUGGUCCCAGCUCUCUGCAGGUCAUUCACUAGGUCCCCCGUGUGGUUCUGGGAUUUUUGCUCACCGUUCUUGUGAUCAUUUUGACCCCACGGGGUGAGAUCUUGCGUGGAGCCCCAGAUCGAGGGAGAUUAUCAGUGGUCUUGUAUGUCUUCCAUUUCCUAAUAAUUGCUCCCACAGUUGACCAAGCUGCUUACCUAUUGCAGAUUCAGUCUUCCCAGCCUGGUGCAGGUCUACAAUUUUGUUUCUGGUGUCCUUUGACAGCUCUUUGGUCUUGGCCAUAGUGGAGUUUGGAGUGUGACUGUUUGAGGUUGUGGACAGGUGUCUUUUAUACUGAUAACAAGUUCAAACAGGUGCCAUUAAUACAGGUAACGAGUGGAGGACAGAGGAGCCUCUUAAAGAAGAAGUUACAGGUCUGUGAGAGCCAGAAAUCUUGCUUGUUUGUAGGUGACCAAAUACUUAUUUUCCACCAUAAUUUGCAAAUAAAAUCAUUAAAAAUCCUACAAUGUGAUGUUCUGGAAUUUUUCUUUUCUCAAUUUGUCUGUCAUAGUUGACGUGUACCUAUUAUGAAAAUUACAGGCCUCUCUCAUCUUUUUAAGUGGGAGAACUUACACAAUUUGUGGCUGACUAAAUACUUUUUUUCCCCACUGUAUACUUUAUUUGUCACAUUUUGCAUAUAGGGUCACUACAUUUUGCAUAUACCUUGAGGUUGCUACAUACAUUAUCAACAUAUCUUGCAAAGGCCACAUUCUGUUUCCAACGAUGUUGAAGAACAAAGUUAUUAUUCUAAUGAUGGAUCUUCUUUUUUUCUUCUCGCCUACCUUUCCUUUUAUGUGCUGUUUGUUCAUCAUCUUUGUUUGAAUUGUAACAAAUCGUAUUGUAAAAAUGAUUUUAUUCAUAAUUUAUUUAAACACAUUUGAUGUUGUGAUAUGAAAUGGAUGUAUUCUAUUGACUGACAACAUGGAAUUUGUUUUUUAUUUCAUGUUGUUUGUGUGUUCAUGUUGGAGCAUCCUUUGUCCCCGUUUUCUCCCUUUCCCUCUUCCUCUCCCCCUCUCAUUCUUUAUGAUAUCUUUAUUGUCUCCUCUUAAGGAUGUCUGGAUGUGCUUCUGAUUCGCAUGUGUCGCGCCUACAAUCCCAUCAACAACACUAUUCUGUUUGAUAGCAAGUUUGCCAGCGCACAGACCUUCAAAGCUCUUGGUGAGUCCCCUCUUUAUGAAACCAAAUCAUUAUUAUUCCAUCAGAAUAUAUUCACACACACAAAAUAUAUAUAUAUACAUAAAUAUAUUCACACACCCACAUAGUCGAAAAAUUCUAGGUCAACCUUUUUUUAGCUUUAUUAUUUUUCCAAAGUGAACCAAGUCAGGCGUUUCUGUUUUGAUAACACCUGUUUUUCCCCCUGCUUCCUCGAAGGUUGUGAUGACCUUGUGGGUGCUGUGUUUGACCUGGCCAAGAGCCUGAGUCGUAUGCAGCUCUCUGAAGAGGAGAUGGCUCUGUUCAGUGCUUCUGUUCUCCUGUCACCAGGUAAUCCUCUGACACUGUCUCCCCUUGACUGGUGUGAUGUCCCAGCUCUAAAACAGACACUAAGUCAUAUGUGAGAAGGAAAACCAGCAGAGACUGACUGUGGUUGUCGCUCUCUUUUUCCUCCAGACCGACCAUGGUUGACAGACAGCCAACAGGUGCAGAAGCUUCAAGAGAAAGUGUAUCUGGCUCUGCAACAUUGUCUACACAGAGGUGGCUCAUCAAAGGAGAAACUGGCAAAGGUACACAUUGGCAGAUGAUGAUAUAUUCCUUUAUUCCUAAGAUUGGCGCUUGUUAAUGGAUUUGGGGUGAAAUGUGAAAAACACGAAUUUUCUGUCUCGCUUUUUCCUUUCUCUCGAUCUCUUCUUCUACCUCUAAGAUGGUGUCCAAGCUUCCCAUGAUGAAGUCCAUCUGCAAUCUCCACAUUGACAAGCUCGAGUUUUUCCGCCUGCUCCACCCGGAGACUGCAUACAAUUUCCCCCCUCUGUACCGUGAGGUGUUCAGCAGUGAAAUCACCUUCCCAGACUCCACAAUGGACUAAAAAUCUGUUUAGAUAUGAAAGUGAUUCAUAUAGAGACAAAAAUAUGUAGGGAACGAGAGGUAGGGAGAAGAAUGUGGCAACAGCGAAGCAACCAGCAGCUCUGUGACAACCCUGCACGCUACACUUUAGGACACACUACUCUCACCUCAGACCUCCAACCUAUGGAGUUGCUUGGACUGUAAGCCAGUCCAGGCUACGAAAUUCAACACUAGGUGCAUGCUGCCUAUUUUGGGGGGAGUAAAAUGGUUCUGAGAAUGUAUUUUCGCAAUCUCAGAUGGUUUUUCUAAGAGAGCUUGAGAUCUCCCUUAAGCUGAAGUCCUCUGUAAAACGAGUUUGACUUCAUUUCCAGUUCUCAGUGCAAGUCCUUGUAAGAUAAUCUUGAAUGUACCCCACAGACAUGCAGUACAGAGAAAGGCUUGAGACUGAAUGUACUAUACUAUCCUUCCCCAUUGGAGGAGUUGCUGUGUAGAUGUUUAUUUUUUAUCUUAUUGCAGUUCUACAGCUAAAUGUUAGUUUCUUAUUUGGUAGUGCCCAUACUUUGGAGUUUUGUAUCCUAUGAACAAACUGUUUAAAAGGACCAAGAUCAAAUGGAUAAGCGCCACGUUUUUUUUUUUUGCAUGCAAGACAUGGACAAAGAGACCCAAGGCAACUAUUACCAUGCAUGCAGACUUGCACACACAGCACUAAGACAAAGCACUUAUGCUGACCUAUACAUGUAUUUUUACAGGCACACAUUCAGACACUGAUAUUUUUGAGCUCUUGAUAUUUUUUUGAUGCAAUCAAAGACCUCAGUCCCACUACAUUUUCCUCUUACAAAUGCCACUUAGAGAGAGCAAGAGAGAAGAAUCAAAUAAGUAUUUUUAAAGUAUUUUUAAAUGUUCUUUAUCUAUACACUUAUAUUUUAAAAAAUUAAUAAAAAUAAAAUGUGACAGGGAUAAAAAAAAAAUAUAUAUAUAUAUAUAUAUAUAUAUAUAGAGAGAGAGGGAGCGGGGAGAUGUAUAGUAAGAUACAAUUAUUCAGGUUGGAUUGUAAAAGAGAAUGCGUUAUCAAUGACCUGGUUAAAUAAAGGCAAAUAAAUACAUAGAUUUGCCAGGACAGCAUCUUUCAAAGUAUUUCUGGUCAUAUUCCGGGGUACUGGGAUGGAAAAUGAUUAGAUGAAUAGCACUUACCGACAAAGAGCCCUCCCUCACCCAAUCUGGACCCUUUUCUCGUGCUACCAAGAAUCUCAGGGUUCCAACCCAAAGACUGAUGAUUGUCCUGCUGAAACUGACAGAAGUGGGACAUCCUCCCGCCUCAGACAGGCAGGACAGAAGCAACUGAGGGAGGGAGUUCCCCGGGAGAUGAAGGAUCUUUCCCACCCCUCAAGCUAGGGGUCUGUAGGUCCAGUACAAUACUUUGUUGAGGAGGGAAAGGAAGCAGAUGAUAAGAAGAAAACAAAUAGGUGGCGAAAACACUUUCCAGUGCUCCCACCUGGGCACCAACAACAAUGGGAGGGGCAUUUAGGGUUUGACCUUUGACCAGUAUGGGGAAGGUGGGGGGGGGGG